GGGAGGACCGGCGGUGCAGGCCGGGAAGGAGGAGGACCGGCUGGGCGCGGGGCAGGCCGGGAUAGGCGGCGAUGGCGACCUCGCUCGGGGCGAACACGUACAACCGGCAGAACUGGGAGGAUGCGGAUUUUCCAAUCCUAUGCCAAACAUGCCUUGGAGAAAAUCCGUACAUUCGCAUGACAAAAGAGAAAUAUGGGAAAGAGUGCAAGAUCUGCUCCAGGCCCUUCACCGUCUUCCGCUGGUGUCCAGGGGCACGGAUGCGUUUCAAGAAAACCGAAGUCUGCCAGACGUGUAGCAAGCUGAAGAACGUGUGCCAGACGUGCCUGCUCGACCUCGAAUAUGGUCUGCCCAUCCAAGUGCGUGACGCAGGAAUCUCCCUCAAGGACGAGAUGCCCAAGUCUGAUGUCAAUAAGGAGUAUUACACGCAGAACAUGGAGAGAGAGAUCCAGAACUCGGACGGAACAAGACCGGUGGGUGCCCUGGGUAAGGCCACCAGCUCCAGCGACAUGCUGCUGAAACUAGCCAGGACCACUCCGUACUACAAACGCAACCGGCCGCACAUCUGCUCCUUCUGGGUCAAAGGAGAGUGCAAGAGAGGCGAGGAGUGCCCUUACAGGCACGAGAAACCAACGGACCCAGAUGACCCUCUAGCCGAUCAGAACAUCAAGGAUCGCUACUACGGCAUUAACGACCCGGUGGCUGACAAGCUGCUGAAACGCGCAGCGACCAUGCCCAGGUUGGAUCCGCCGGAGGACAAGACGAUCACCACCCUCUACGUGGGAGGUCUCGGCGAGCAGAUCUCGGAGACGGAGUUACGGAACCACUUUUACCAGUUUGGCGAGAUUCGCUCUAUCACGGUGGUCCAGCGGCAGCAGUGCGCGUUCAUCCAGUUCGCCACCAGGCAGUCGUCAGAGCUGGCGGCUGAGAAAUCCUUCAACAAGCUCAUCAUCAACGGGCGAAGGCUGAACGUGAAGUGGGGCAGGUCACAAGCUGCAAGAGGAAAAGAGAAAGAUAAGGACUCCAAUGUUACAGAGUCAGGGAUGAAGUUGGAGCCUGUGCCAGGACUACCAGGUGCCUUGCCUCCGCCCCCGCCGGCCGUCGAGGAGGAGACCCCCACCAACUUCUUCAACCUGCCGCCCAGCGCGCCACCCGCUGUGGUGAACAUAUCGUUGCCUCCACCACCAGGCCUCGCUCCGCCCCCACCUCCAGGUUUUGGACCCACCUUGUUCCACGGCAUGCCUCCACCACCCCCACCCUUCCUCCGGGCACCAGGGCCCAUCCACUACCCGUCCCAGGACCCUCAGCGGAUGGGCGCCCACACGAACAAAGCCAACAGCGCCUAGCUCCCAGCCGUCACAUCCGCCCCCUCAGUCAGCCUCGGACCCCCCCUGCCGCAGACACCCGAGCAGCAGUGAAAGAGCAGGGGCUUCCGAGCUGGGCGAGAGAGCGUCGGUUAAAACUGUUCCCCUAACCAUUCCAGCGGAGUUUUUUUUAUAUAUUGCUGAGGAAUUAGUGAGUCUAGUUUUUAUUUCCCUCUGGUCUGUUUCAUCUGACGAAGACCGGAGUCGGUAUCGCCUCUUUGUUAGUCAGACAGAGCUGUGUCUGACCUGCAUGGUCUCAAUAUUAACACCUCGCCUUUCGUAACAAGACCCUUCCCCCCUGCUCCCCUUUCAGGGUAAACGGUGGUGGCUUCGGUGUUGGGAGGGAGGCUCCCUGUGCACUGGGCUGAACAGUCUCUCUCAGCUGGAAGUGUGCUGGUUGUGCUGUGUUUACCCCUGUCUCCUCAAAGGUCUACACAGUGAGGGGGUCGCUGAAUUAGGGACGCAACGAAGCUGGCGACCAGUGUCAGUUCCGGGUUUGAGGGAAGAGAAACCCUCUGGGAGUUUCUGGCCUUGGAGAUCUUACCUGCAAGACGCGAUGAGGAUCAACUCUCGCUGCAUUACGUCCCGGGUCACUCUUGGACCCUGCCUCUAGGACGGAGAGGGCAAUGGGGAGCAUGGAUGGGCGGGUUGAUGUCGUCACUGCUGGACGACCCUCCAGCAAAGGGUUAAAGCGUUGGGGCAGGUGAGGGUUCAGGGUCGAGGGCUCUGUUUGACUAAAUCAAAAUAAACACACGUCUACCAUCAGUGACUUGAGAUGUGUGUUGAUAAUCGGUUCUAACUUCUGCCUGGGAGCAGUCUGCUUUAUUGGAAAGGGGAUGUCGGACGGGUUUUGAGGGUUUAGGGAUUGCUUUGUCCACUGCUUCCUCCUGUCUGUGGACAGGUGAAGUAAUUGCGCCUGUUCUGUAAGGUGUCGGAACCAGAGAGAGGUAAAGGUGGAAGUUGUAAUUCCAGUGCUGUAUUUUACAUCAAAAGGGUGUGUGUAUUGAGUUGAAACAUUCUGGGAUACUUGCUGGAAUAGUUUGUGUUUCUCUGGGCUUUGGUGGUGGAAAACCUGGUGCCAGGGAUACAGCAUGAAACAGGCCCUUCAGCCCACCGAGUCUGUGCUGUCAAACAUUACGCUAAUCCUACUCUAACCCAUUUUAUUCUCCCCACAUUCCCGUCAAUUCCUCCAGGUUCUACCCCUCCCCCGCACACUAGGGGACAAUCUACAGCGGCCACUUAACCCACCGACCCGCACGUCUUUGGGAUGUCGCGGUCACAGGGAGAACAUGCAAACUCCACGCAGACAGCAGCGGAGGUCAGGAUUGAACCCGGGUCUCUGGAGCUGUGAGGCAGCGGCUCUACCAGCUGCGCCACUGUGUAGCCUGCACCUACUCUGCUCGCUACUGGCCACUGUGCACUUGCAGGGAGCCAAGAGUGUUCAGUGCAACAACUCCAGGGAUCAGGCAGGGGUAUGCGAGAACAGAGGGAGCCCCUCAGUGAUGCACUCACUCACUGCCAACAUCACCAAGCCCUGUCCCUGUCCCUGAUUUGCUUUUAGUGUGACGAUCACUUUUCUACAUCCUUGUGUGAAUUUAUACCCAGAAACUGCCCCUGAUGGUUCUCUCCACAUCCAUACACGGUUCUCAGAAGUCUAAAUGUAAUUAAAAUUAAAAACUAAAUGCUGGAAAUCUGAAAUAGAAUGAGAAAAUGCUCGAAACACUCAGCAGGUCAGGCAGGAUCUGUGGAAAGAGAAACACAGUCAUUUCUCUAUCCACAGAUGCCAAUUUACAUUCUAAAUGUUUCUAGCAUCUAUUUUUAAUUCUAAGAAGUCCGGCUGGCUGUAACCUUGCAUUUAAAAAGUCAUUUCCACCACUAUUAUCUUGUUUCUCAUUGGUAACUUGCAGGAGAUCAGAGGGUUUCUGCAUUUUGUUUUGCAGGCUGUGAGUGAUUGUUGAGGUGCUAAAUGAGAUAGCUGUGCUGAUGAAGGAUUUAGAACAUGUAACAGUACAGCACAAUACAGGCCCUUCGGCCCACAAUGUUGUGCUGACCUUUAAACCUCGCCUAAGACUAUCUAACCCCUUCCUCCCACAUAUCCCUCUAUUUUAAAUUCAUCCAUAUGCUUAUCUAGCAAUCCCUUGAAUUUGACCAAUAUACCUGCCUCCACCACCGCCCCAGCAGCACAUUCCAUGCCCCAACCACUCUCUGCGUAAAAAACCUUCCUCUGAUAUCUCCCUUGAACUUCCCACCCAUUACUUUAAAGCCAUGCCCUCUUGUAUUGAGCAUCGGUGCCCUGGGAAAGAGGCGCUGGCUGUCCACUCUAUCUAUUCCUCUUAAUAUUUUGUCCACCUCUAUCAUGUCUCCUCUCAUCCUCCUCCUCGCCAAAGAGUAAAGCCCUAGCUCCCUUAGUCUCUCCUCAUAAUGCAGACUCUCUAAACCAAGCAGCAUCCUUUGGGUGCCUUGUCCCUUUAUUCCUUCCACAAGCCCAGCAGCGCGGUGUCCCUACUUGGAUCCCCCUCCCCUUUCCUUCGACUGUUCUGCCCUCCCAAGCGCCUCAAAUCAAGGACACCCUGAUCGGUUGUGAGUGAUGGUGGUGGAUUGCGUAGUCAUUCGAGGUGACGGGACAGAUAAGCUCCAAUCUUGAUCUCACUUGACGUUUAUCGAGCAGAUUCUUGCCCUGUACAGCAGAGAUUGGUUCCCCUGUUCUCUGUCUCUGUAUCCCAGACCUGCGACUGUGUUCAGACAAAGCUGAAACUGCCCCCCACUCUGUGACUGUCCUGGGGUAAAAUGUACCUCACCCAUUGCUGAGAAUGUCCAUUCCCAACGUCACAUAACCUGACACUCAUCUGCCCUUUGAACCCAGUUUGUAUUCCUAAAAUCCUUCCCCCCCCCCCAUCAGCCCCCUCCUUCAAGACCCUUACCACCCCUGAACGAUUGCAGCGACUGAAUUGUGUCUGGCUGUACACCACUGUGGAGAUGGUUCAUUUGGAGCAAGUCUUAUGCCCAGCAUCGAGCAACUACAGGUGACCAUUCACCAGUAACACUGUGGAAAUGUUUAUCAGUCAUUCACGCUUAUAAAGGUUCAUCUUUUUUGUAAAA